AUGGAACCCCACCUGUGCCAGACUACACCCAUUGAACCACGGCGUCCGAGGGAAUUUUCGACCGGAACCGGUCUGAGAGUGAGACCGGUUUGCGUAUUAUGGUUUACCCGUAGGACAUUAAUCGUCGGGAGUUUGCAAGAUCUAGAUGGGAAGAAAGAGGAAGAUGGCCUGGCCCCAACAUCGCCGGCGCCGGUGGCGAGAAACCUUCGGAGUAACACACGGAUCGAGGAAUCGGGCGCGGUCACCGCCGUCUCGCAAGUGGAAAACCAAGGGACACCAGCGAAAAAAGACGGCAACUCAACUGAGCUUCCUUCUCGUUUAUAUGCGGCAGACUGUUACCCAGGAGGACCUCAGAGACUAAACAUCUAUGCGAAAGCAAAUGUCAUCGGCCAAGUGGUUGCGGCGUUGCAAGGGCAUGAGGAGUUGGAACAUCUCCGGCAAACGCAGUUCGCCGGAUUGCUGAAUCUUCCGGUAGCACGAUCCUCUAAUUCCGCUAAACUUAUUCACGCUCUGCUUGCCUGGCAACUGGUGACUAGGAGAAGAUAUGAACUGUGGACAGUGUUCGGUCCGAACCCAAUUCGUUUCUCGCUCAGGGAAUUUAAACGAAUUACUGGGCUCUACUGCGGGAAAAUUCCGGAGGACCAUUUGGCGGAGAGGGAGACAAGUCCAGAAGCUCCGACAAUUUCUCCCUAUGAUUUGACUGCUGCUAACCCUGGUGCUGUGAUUUCGCAUCCUUUCCUCAAAGGAUCGAAUUACGAUGACGGGGCUAUCGGUUUGAAGACAGCUCUUUCUUCUCGAAGGAAGUUUUGCUUCCUUGAUGGAUCCAUUGCUCGGCCAGCUGAUGGAUCUUCCAAUCACGACGACUGGUGGACGAUUCAAGCCUUGCUUGUAUCGUGGAUCAAGAUGACCAUUGAUCCUGCUCUUCGGUCCAACAUCUCUCAUCGUGAUGUUGCGAAAGAUCUGUGGGAUCAUCUAAAGAAGAGGUUCACGGUGACUAACAGACCUCGGAUUAACCAACUCAAGGCGGAAUUGGUUGUUUCAAGCAGCGUGGACUUGCCAUUAACGCUUACUAUGGAAAGAUAA